AUGUCUAUAGACGAAAUAAAGACGGCGCAGAUUUCAGCCAGUAGUACAGAUGGCUCGGAUGAAGAGUGGCAGAAGAGUGAGCAUCACAAAUCAGAAGGUGCAUUUGAGGCAAGAGAGGGCCAUCACUUCUACCGGCCCAUUGACAGCUACGAGGGACUCCAUCGCUGGGAUCCGAAUUUUCAAUGGACAGAAGCCGAAGAGAAGAAAAUUGUCCGGAAAAUUGAUGCCCGCGUCUGCACGUUUGCCUGUGUGACAUUCUUUGCAUUACAGUUGGACCGAGGAAACAUCGGCCAAGCACUCGCAAGUACACUUCUCGCAGAUUUGGAAGGCGGCUUUAUACCCGAUACGAUCCUAUUCUUGUCCUUCUUCUACAAAUCCAGUGAGCUACCGAAAAGACUGACGUGGUUCUGGAUUUCCUACACCGUUGCCGGAAUUAUUGGUUCCUUCCUAGCCUUCGGCUUCCUUCACAUCACCGACGCCAAUGGCCGCGGCGCCUGGAGAUAUCUAUUCGCAUACGAGGGUCUCAUAACAGGUGUGAUUGGAAUCAUUGCUGCAUUCUGGAUGCCAGCCUCACCCGUGCAAACAAAAGGAGGAUUGCGCGGAAAGAACGGAUGGUUCACAGAGCAUGAAGAGAAGAUCAUCGUGAACCGCGUUAUUCGGGAUGAUCCUAGUAAGGGAAGUAUGCACAACAGACAAGCAGUUACCCCACGGCGGUUUUGGGAAUCACUCAAGGACUACCAUAUGUGGCCAAUUUAUGCUCUCGGUCUAAUCUGGAUGAUACCCUCCAACCCGGCGCAAAAUUACCUCACUUUACAACUGCGAUCCCAGGGGUUCACAACGUUCCAAACCAAUUUGCUGACAAUCCCAGCGGCUGUCAUUGCAAUUAUCACCAUGACAUCUAUCACCUGGGUUGCAGAGCGUACGAACCAACGUCUACUCUGGGGCGUGGCAGUCGAAGUAUGGCACUUGGCCCUGUUGAUCGCACUAGAGUUGCUUCCUCAGAAAAGCAUGCCCUGGCCCCGUUGGGCAAUCCUUACGCUACUUGUUGGUGGGCCCAACAUCCAUCCUGUUAUAGUGGCAUUAACUUCACGGAAUGCCGGAUCUGUGCGGACUCGCACUGUUGCGUCGGCAUUGUAUAACAUGUCGAUACAACUCAGCAGUAUUGCCGGUGCUAAUGUUUAUCAAGCAAAGGAUGCCCCAUAUUAUAGAAAUGGAAAUAAGGUUCUUAUUGCACUGGCUGUCGUCAGUGGGUUCCUGUUUAUCUUCGCCAAGUUCUACUACGAUUGGUGGAAUCGGAGAAACUCUGCAAAAUGGAAUGCUAUGACGAGGGAGCAAAGAGAGCUUUAUCUUCGUGAAAAUCCGGUGUUGACUAACAAGAGAAUCGACUUUCGCUUUGCGCGUUAG